GUGUCCUGUCUGCAGGUCUGCACCUCUGUUGUUCCCAGAGCAGUGUGACAUCUGAAAGGGGGGAUUAACCUGCCCAGGAUCCCUGCAGCACAGGAAAAGGAGGGAGUCUUGACAUGGAAGAACUCCGCGGAGAAAAGGAAGGGAAGCUGGAAAAGGAGGGAAAGGCAGAAGAUGAAGUGGAGUCUGAAGAUGAAGAAAAGUCAGACGGGGAAGAGAAGCCGGACAAGAAAGCAAAGCCAGCACGCGAGGGGAAGCUAGAGGAGGGGGCAAAGCAGGAUGAGCAGGGGCAACCACAAGAUGAGGGGAAGUCAGAAAAUCAGGGAAAGUCUGAAGGGGAGGGCAAGCGCCAAGGCGAGGGCAAGCAUGAUCCCCAGGCAAAGCCAGCCAGCGAGGCGCGCGCAGCAGAAAAGCGCCCUGCUGAAGAUUAUGUGCCCCGGAAAGCCAAACGAAAAACAGACAGGGGGACAGACGAUUCUCCCAAGAACUCCCAGGAGGACUUACAGGACAGGCAUGUAAGCAGUGAGGAGAUGAUGAGAGAGUGUGCAGAUAUGACAAGGGCUCAGGAAGAGCUGAGGAAGAGACAGAAAAUGGGAGGUUUUCACUGGAUGCCAAGAGAUGCACAGGAUGCGCUAGUCCCCAGGGGCCAACGGGGAGUCAGGGGAAUGAGGGGAGGGGGCAGGAGCCAGAGGGGCCUACAUGACAUCCCAUACCUUUAAUGCCUUUGGCCUUCGAUUCUGGUGUCUCAGAUAAGAAAGAACACUGCUGGCCCUGCUUUUCCUGGUAGAUACUUGCCAGGCCUUGUGCUUUAACCUUCAGCCAAAACUCUGCUUUAGGUAUCACAGUCCUUACCAGCAGCCUUUUGACCCAACUACAGUGCUCUGUGUCUUUUAGUACAGGAUUUUCACCCAUGUGCAUGACAAAUAUGUUCAUGGUACAUUGUAACACUAAAUAAACAAAACAGUUUGCUGAA